AUGGCCGCAGGAGAGGCUAGUGGCUUGAAGAGCGAAGAUCCUAAUCCGUCGAGCCGCAGAGCUGAAAUCGACCACGGCAAUGCCCAAGCAGCCGUCAUCCGCCAGCUGGCAGUAGCGAAACUUGCAGGUGUCCGUCGCCGAAGCGCUCUUCGCGUCAAGGGGAACGCAACCUCCGAGUCUCCUAGGAAAGAAAGGAGAUGUUUUGGACCACAAAGGGUGCUUGUCGAGGGGCGCUUCUGUCUAUCGCAUACCCGGGGCCAAGUGAUUUGGGACAAGCAAAGGCGCGAACCAUGUAAAUAUGUUCGAUGUACAAUAUACCAACAUGCUCAAGCAGCAGCAAGCAGCCCAGAGGAGAAUGCUGCCGAGACUCGAGUUGCCGCCCACCGAUCGCCUCUAGCUUCUCGCUCUACAACCAUGCAGAUGUUAUUAGCUCGACGUGGUCAGCUUUCGAACAGCGGCAGAGCCUGCGACCCUCAAGGUACAUAG